AUGGCCCAGGGAGCUCAGCUCCGGGCUCUAACUCACUCUCGGUGGGACGAGACCGUCUGCUCGAGGGACGAGCUGGUCCCUGCCUCCUCUCGAGUGACCAUUCGGAGCACUUCCUGUUUGGCUGGUAGCCCCUGUCAGGAGCAGACUGGAUUCCAGCUCCUGGGAGAAGCCGUGAAGACCACACCAGGGCAGUCAGGUGCGUCCGAGCUGCCCCGCGCCCCCGCGUUUCUUCCACCCCAGGCAGGUGACCGUGAUGACCUGGCCAGAGAGAAGCUGGUGGCUUCUGGGCGGCCGCCCCGCCCCCAGGAUAUCCGAGAACACAGAGAGGCCGCGGAGCUGAAGUCCCACCAAGGGGCGCGUCCGGGGAAAGAGAAGCCCGGCCCGGGUCGCCGCCGGCCAACCCGGCCGCGCGGUCCACCCGCGGACUCGCGACGCCAGGGGAGCCGCUCGCACCCACGGCCCGCCCGGCACGCGCACGAGCAGCUGACCCCGCGGCUCAGGCGUGGCCGGACAGCGGCGCCCCGGGACGGCAGCGCGUAA